AUGUCUGAACGUCCACAAACCGAACUACCCCAAGAAGAGGUCCUGGAAAGAGGCAACUCUAGGCAAAAUGAUACGAUAGAGCAUCCUGAGCCCACAUACCAAAGGCCAAGUCAAAGAAACCCGGUCUUGGGAAGCACAGCUCUCCAAGACGUUGACCUAGAAAGAGGGGAGGGUCUUGGGCCUUCUACCAUCAACAAAAACAAAAAGGCUUCAAAGAAGAAGAGAUAUAUUUUUGGAGUUCCCGACAACCCCUUUGAUGACUCGGAAUCGGACAAUGAAUGGAUGCGGCGCGAUGAUGAAAAUGAGCCAAAGCCAGAGAACAACAAUUCCGAACAAGGGCCUGAACAGCACCACAAUACUUGCUGUCAGAGUAUUUCGAGGCUCGCCCAUGAGAUACCAUUCGUAGCGUACGUUUGGUUCACCAUCGUUAUAGGUCUCUUGCUUCUAGGAGUCGGCGUGGCUCUUCUAGUAUUAUUUCCCAGGAGAAAGAAAUAA